UCGAAGGAAUAUUGGGAUUUUGUAUAUGAGAGCCCUUUUUUUUGAUGUCGAUUGAAAUAAUUACGAAGUAUUUAUAUAUAUAUAUAUAUAUUUAUUUAUUUCUUAAAAAGAAGCAAUUCUGAUGCUGAUAUUUUCAUCUCCAGAUCGGAGGAGAGGACCAGCUUCCCUACAAUCUCUUGUUUUUUAAAAAGAGAAUAUGUCCCACUACCACGAAGAUUAUGCUGGAUACAUGGCAGAUGAGUAUGACAUGGAAGACAUAGAUGAUGACAUGGAUGAAGAGUCUCGUGGCAGAUAUAUGUCUGGCUCGGACUCUGAUCUUGAUGAAUAUGACUACUUGAAUAAUAAAAUAUCUGAUACUUCUGCUUCUCAAGCUAGAAGAGGAAAAGACAUCCAGGGAAUUCCUUGGGAUCGGCUUAGCAUCACUAGGGAAAAAUACAGGCAAACUAGGCUAGAACAGUACAAGAACUAUGAGAAUAUCCCUCACUCUGGAGAAGGGUCAGGAAAGGAUUGCAAAAUUUCCCAGAAGGGUGCCUCAUAUUAUGACUUCAGACUUAAUUCAAGAUCUGUAAAAUCAACAAUACUUCAUUUUCAGUUGAGGAACUUGGUAUGGGCUACAUCAAAACAUGAUGUUUAUCUUAUGUCACAUUUUUCUGUUAUGCAUUGGUCUUCAUUGACACAUCGCAAGCGUGAAAUUCUUAAUGUUUCUGGGCACGUGGCACCAUCUGAGAAACAUCCUGGAAGUCUGAUGGAAGGUUUUACACAAACUCAAGUCAGUACUCUCGCUGUAAAAGAUAACCUGCUAGUUGCUGGAGGGUUCCAGGGUGAGCUAAUAUGCAAGCAUUUAGAUCGACCUGGAAUAAGCUUUUGUUCCAGGACAACUUAUGAUGACAAUGCCAUUACAAAUGCUGUUGAGAUUUAUGUCACUCCAAGUGGUGCAGUUCACUUUACGGCCUCAAAUAAUGACUGUGGAGUCAGAGAUUUUGAUAUGGAAAAAUAUCAGCUGUCUAAGUAUUUUCAUUUUCUUUGGCCAGUUAAUCAUACUUCUCUGGGUCCUGAUGGGAAACUUUUAAUAAUAGUUGGAGACAACCCUGAUGGUAUGUUAGUGGACUCUAGCACGGGGAAGACUGUUAUGCCCUUGUGUGGACACUUGGACUUCUCAUUUGCAUCAGCAUGGCACCCUAAUGGUGUCACUUUUGCUACUGGGAACCAAGACAAAACUUGCCGAAUUUGGGAUGUUCGGAACUUGUCCAGGUCGGUUGCUGUUCUUAAGGGAAACCUUGGAGCAAUACGGUCCAUUCGCUACACAUCUGAUGGUAAGUACAUGGCAAUGGCUGAGCCUGCUGACUUUGUGCAUGUGUAUGAUGUGAAAAGUGGGUAUGAGAAUGAGCAAGAAAUCGAUUUCUUUGGGGAGAUAUCUGGCCUAUCCUUUAGUCCUGACACAGAGUCUCUCUUUAUCGGUGUAUGGGAUCGUACAUACGGUAGUCUUCUUGAGUAUGGUCGUUGGAGGAACUACUCAUACCUUGAUUCCCUAAUUUGAGUUGAUUAUGCUGUAUGCAAAAUAAGCAUGGUGUUGUGGCUGUUGUUGAUGGUAUUUGACGAAUGUAAUAACAUUCUAAGCUGUAGAAGUUGUAGAUGUAAAUGUAAGAUGUAUUCUGUAAUUGUAGGUUAUUUCUGUUCAGUUAGAUUUUUAUUUUCUGCAAAACGUGUGGGGGUCAUUCAGCAGAAGAUGCUAAUGGGAGGGGGAUGUACAGAAGGCUAGAAAGGCCCGUUCAUGUGAAGAGGAAGAAUGAAAAGAGUAGUAUGGUUUCCUUGGGAGCUAGACAAUUUUAUGAGUGGUUUGCGGCCUGUCUUUUCUCCCCUCACUUCUUUCUUCUUACUCUCUUUUUAAAUAUGAUUAAGGAUUCAAAUGAGGAUGAUUGUGGUUAA